GUUUCGUUCUGCGUUGCAUCUCGCUUGCGUACAGUGCGCAGCAAAAUUGGUGUAACAAAGAUCUAUGAAGUCUGUGGCGGAUCUAUGGAUGGAUCUUUCUCUUUUUAGUUUGCGCUCUCGCUCUGUAUAAAAAUUUGUGGAUUUAGUGGUAAAGCAGUGUUUUGUAAUAGUUUAAAAAGUAUAUCUAAAAUUGUGACGAUCCUUAUGAGUGAUAACCGUUCCUGAUUAUCGCGCUAAAAUGGACUUAAACGCAAUAACCGUUAGUGUGUACCUGCGCGGUCUGACAUCGCAAGCGCUGGCCUCCCUCAGGUUUCGAUGACCAUAAGCGUCAGCAGGAAUCAUGAUCGCCAAUUUGCCACUUCUUUUUGCUAACGGCAAUCCGACAGCCUUGUCGCUGAUCACGGUCGCUGAGCUGGAGAAGUUCAUAACAUUCAUGGUGACAUGUUCCUGGGGACACGACACAGCGAAAGAUAUUCGGCAGCCACCGUGGUGGCCAAAAGAUGUUGAAUUUUCGCACCCUUUUGUAAGACCCUACGAGGUGCCCAAGAACUGGUCUGUGAAGUUGAAGAAUUUAGUGAAGAAAUGUUACGAGUACCAUAAGAGCGCCUUUCUGCUGGUUUUUUCUGCGCAACUCGCGCGGUACCCACGCAACAGGCUCAGGUAUGUUGACAAUAGAGACCACACCACUUCUCUCUACUACAGACCUAAUGGCAGACUUCUGGUUACAUUUAGAAAUGAAAAUCUACAUUAUGACAAAAGUAAUUCUCCCAAGAGGGAAAGCAUUGAUGAUACAACAGUGAGACCUGCAGACAUAUACUUAUGUGACAACUGUGAUAGUCACUUUGAUAAUCCGGACUUAUUGAGCGCUCAUGAGAGGCUAUGCAACAAUACUGAAGAUGAUCCAGCAACAAGUUCUUCCAAUGGAGGUUUGCCUGACUUUCUUUCAGCUUUGAAACUGCAUCCAGCAGGUCAAGCAUUUGAGAAUUCUGUGAAUCCUUGUUCGAGUUCUCGUUCUGAAACUGGAAAUGCUCCAGAAAGGUUUGUUACAAGAAAUGUUAGAAAUAAUGCCAAGCAACUAAGAAAUAAUGCGAGCAUAGACCGGGGCCCACUGUAUCCAUUCUCAUCCCUGGCUUACAGACGGAAUGCUAAUACAAAUUGCCAGAGGGAUUUGAGCUUCUCAAGAGAGAGGAUAGAAAGAUAUUGUUGUACUACAACUCCAUUUAGUAAAAAUUAUAAUGUUAAGGUAAAAAAUCAACAGUUUCCGGUGAGAUACCGAAGACCGUUGAGUUAUUGGAACAGAAAAUAUGUUUUUCCCAAUCAGAGAAACAAAGGAAUACUCGAUAUUAAAGGUCAACUACUCCUCUUGAAAUGUAAACCAAUUUCAGUUAAAUUAGUUAAAAUGUCAGAAGAGUGCAUACAGGAAUAUCUUGACAACUUGAGAAAAGAAAGAGAGAGUAAGCAGCAGAUAAUGGAGGAUAAGGAUAUUGUCUUUGUGGAUGGGCUUGACUGUGAUCAGCCAGCUGAUUCAGAAGUGAUGAUGGACCCACUGAAGCGAUUAGACAAUGUUUGUGAAGUGAUUGACUUGUGUUCAGACGAUGAGACUACUAGUGUGAAUGAGAACUGUGAUCCUCGUGCAGGGGUGACUUGUGUGAUGCGCGGUGGAGCUGUGCUGCGGCGUACCGCGGCGACCCCACAGGCAUUACCCGCCGAGCCAUGUGGUGCUCGCCAGCGCCCUCUACCCGCCGCCGUACUCCAACCACACCCCGUCAUUCUCAUUGCACAUACACACGCUCUGAACAAUUUACAGACUAUCUCCAUAGAUUAAAUUUCCAUGUAAUAAUAUUUAUCUCUAGAACAUUUGCUAAUUAUUAUUUAUUAUUCUUCAUGAUUAAACUUAAUAUCAAUAUCAAAGAGAUUUCAUUUUGCGUCACUUUUGUCGCCGCCAUUUUGUGGAGUUCAUGCUGUCAUGUUGACAAAAUGGCGGACGACUAAAAAAACAAAUUAAGACUUGAUAAAAAAUACGUAAACAACAAUUAUCAAGUGUAUACUGAAAAAUC